AACACCCGUUAUAACACGCACUUUUUCUCACUCUGUGUAUUAUUCCAGAGGUUCUGAGAAACAGAAACAUAAGUUGGUGGCAUUAUGGAGCUCGCACCAGAGUUUAGAGAGUCUGGUCGAUAAGGAAAAAGAACUGGCAUCAAAUUGUUGCAAAUCAUACAAUGUGUAUCUAAAGCCAACAUGAGAAGAUUUUAUUAACUUGUCUGGAUCACAUAAUUCUGGGCCAAUGUCCUUAAUGCCCUCUUGGCGAGUUGAGGUUGCGUCUGAUGAAGACCAAGAGGCGGAUGAGGCAUCCUCUUUACGCACAACAGGUACAGAAGGCAACAUUCAUUUAACCUUUUCUGAUGUGAAAGAAUGGCUAGACGCUCAUGAGGAAAAGACGGCGGAUUAUUUUUUAAUGAAAGCUGAUAUCAGUCUUAUUAAUCGUUGGCUGGUUCUGCAUGGAUUUCUCUCUAUAAAAGAUUACGUGAGCUCACGUCGAAACUCGGCUGUAUUCAACAACAGUGAUGACUCCUCUCCCAUAGAGAAAUGUUGUGGGUACUUCAGUGAUGGGGCUGAUGCUACUGUUCACCAGAAAACAAAUUCUAAGAAACAUUUACGACAAACCUACGCUCGUUCAAGGAAGAUGAACGUAUUCCGUACGUGCGACACCCUUGGUCAAACCCAUGAUUCAUCCUCUACCCAGUCACGAAGAAAUAGCCUGAAAGACAUGAGAAGAUUUUUGUCUCUCCCUUCUAGAUCUAUCAAUAUUCUUAACCUGCUUAUAGAAUCCAAAGUUCGAAUCCCGCGUGUCCCGUCAAAGUGUCGAGAUUCAAAACGGGAACUACGUUUCUCCAACGAAAGACAAUUUUUUCUGGAGAUCGUUCAAGAGAUCGCUCAUGAUCUGGACGCCAAAAGCUUAACUCAGAAAAUCAUCGUUAACCUUUCAGUCUUAGUUGACGCUGAUGGAGCAUCCUUGUUUCUUAUUGAAGGACCAAAAACACGCCGAAUGCUGGUGUCUAAAAUUUUCGAUGUUCAUUUUGGUACAAGUGUUAUCAUUCCUAGUCCAACUGAUGACAGCGAAAUCCGAGUUCCAUGGGGAACGGGAAUCAUCGGUUCAGUAGCAGAGACUGGAGAGACUGUCAACCUACGGAAUGCAAGUGAGCAUCCUCACUAUAACGAUGAAGUAGAUAAGAUUUGUGGUUACCAUACCGAAACGUUACUUUGCAUGCCUAUAAGAAAUGCUGAUGAUGAAAUUAUAGCUGUUGCUCAGGUAAUUAAUAAGAAUCCCGAAAACGACGGAGGGAUAUUUACCGCAGAGGAUGAGAAGCUGGCUAAGACGUACCUGGAAUUCUGUGGAAUAGCUCUCACCAACGCUAAUUUAUUUGAGAUGUCUCGGAGAGAAUAUGAAAGAAACAAAUCUUUAUUGGAGGUGGUUCAUGAUCUGUUUGAAGAACAAACAUCAUUGGAUAAAGUCAUCUUAAAGAUCAUGCAGCGAGCUCAAAGGCUAUUGAAGUGUGAACGUGCUGCGUUACUGUUGCUCCAAGAAGGAGGAAAUACUGAGAGUGUCAAGUUUAGCCGAACGUUUGACUUAGCAUCACCUGCAGGAGGUCAUACGCUCUCGAAUAACCGAGGUUGGCCUGAACUUAAUACCUCUUCAGGACUUCUUCAGUUUGCUGAAAGAGUGGCGUGUACUGGUGAGGUACUCAACUUAACCGAUCCCCCUGAGACACAACAGGUGGCUGGGCGUCAUAUCCGGUCUUUAUUAUGUAUGUCGAUUAGAAACAGAGACUACAAGAUUAUAGGCGUCGCUAUUAUCAUCAAUCGUACAGAUGGACUUUCUUUUGACGAAAACGACGAACAAUUGUUCGAGGCGUUCACUCUAUUCUGUGGAUUGGGUAUCAACAACACUUUGAUGUACAGUGAACUGGAGAAAGCCAUGGCUCGGCAGAAAGUUGCCAUCGAGGUCAUUUCUUAUCACGGAACAUCACCGAAGAAAGACGUGAAAAAGUUUCUGGACGCUAGGAUACCAACUGCUGUGGAAUGGCACUUGGAAAGUUUGCAGUUCGACGAUUUUUCUUUAAGUUCCGACGAAAUGAUUUUUGCUUCCAUCAGGAUGUUCAAAGAUUUAGGAUUAAUAUCCAAGUUUCGAAUCGAAUAUCAGAUACUUUGUCAGUUCUUAUGUACCUUGAGAAAAAAUUACCGCAGCAUUCCUUACCAUAACUGGCGUCAUGCUUUUAACGUUGCUCAAGUGAUGUUUGCCAUUCUUACGCACUGUGGUCUAAAAUCUAUUCUUACGGACCUGGAGAUCUUUGGAAUGCUAACUGGUUGUCUAUGUCACGACCUCGACCAUCGGGGCACAAACAAUGCCUUUCAGGAGAAGAGUGGGUCUGCACUUGCAUUGCUCUAUGGAAGUAAGGCCACAAUGGAGCAGCAUCAUUUUAAUCACGCUGUAAUGAUACUGUCAAGUGAGGGUCACAACAUAUUUUCACUUCUUUCUGCUGAUGAUUACAGCCGGGUCAUGAAGAUCCUAAAACACGCUAUUUUGGCGACUGACUUAUCUACAUAUUUCCAGUUACGAGGAAAGUUCUUUUCUUUUGUAAACAAUGAAGUAUAUAACUGGGAUUUUGAAGACCAGAGAGAGAUACUACGAAGCAUGUUAAUGACAGCCUGUGAUCUCGCAGCUAGCACUAAACCAUGGCACGUUCAAAGAAAAGUGGCAGAAUUAGUUACGAAUGAAUUUUUCGAGCAAGGAGACAAAGAGAAGAAACAGUUGAAGAUUCAACCUCCGGCUUUGAUGGACAGAGAAAAGAAACACGAACUGCCACAGCUUCAGUAUGAUUGGAUUGACUCUAUAUGUCUACCUUUAUACAAGAGCCUGGUAAAGAUCAACCCAAGGUUUAUGGAAAUGGUGGAGGGAGCAGAGUUAAAUCGGGAAAGGUGGGCAGCACUUUCGACACAGAGUUUUUCCGUCGAAGAAUCAGAAGUUUCUAAUGGAAACGCGCCUAAGGUUUAAAAUGUGAUUUUAAUAUCAGCUGGUCAAAAACUCGUCGCUGCUCGUUUUUUUUUUCGUCUCAAACAAGAGUGUUAAUGUAUAUAAUUAUAAACAUUAGAAUUGAAGGAUAAAAAAUCUCAUGCUAAUUUGUGCUUAAUUCUCUUUAAGUAAGUAUACCAAUAUCGUUCUUUAAAAUCUAACAGAAGGAAAUGGUAAAAGUAAUGGAAUUUUGAAAUACAUAAAAGUAAAAUUAAUACAGGAACAUAAUAAUGAAUAAAAACCUAUAAUACAAGUGAUAGUCAUACUUCUAUAUGAGUAUCAUAUAUAUGUGUGUGUGUGUGUUUAAGUUAUAUUUCUGUAAUCUUAUGACUUUAGAUAUAUUUCAAGCUAUAAUUUUGAAAUAUGUUGAUGAAUGUUUAAAAGUUAAAAUUACUAAAGGAAAUAACUAUUUAUGUACAUAAACAAUCUUAAUAAUCUGUUUAUGAAACAGAUUAUUAAUUAAAUGAGGAAAUAUUACACUGAAAUACAUUUCGAAUUAAAUUAUCGAAAUCGAAUAUUGUGUUGUAUUGAUCAAGGGCUUUAGAUAAAUGUAUAAAGGUAAAAUUAUUAGAGGAUACAACUCUUCAUGUGUAUCAAUUCUUAAUACUCGAAUUAUUAAAGAUAUUAUUAUUUGCAUGAGAGAAGAUUACAUUUAACAUACAUUUCGAGUUAAAAUAUUGUAAUAAGAUAUCACUGUACCGGUUAAGCGCUGUAGAUAAAUCUAUAAAAGGUAAAAUAAUAGUAGGUUAAAUAAAUGCCUAUGUACAUAAGAGUUGUUAAGAAUCCGUUUAUUAAAGAUAUUGUUAUUGAUAUGAGGAAAUAUUACAUUUAACAUAUAUUUCGUGUUAAAAUAUUGAAAUAUAAUAAUAUACUGGAUUGGUUAAGUCACUAAAUGUAUCAAAAAGGAAAAUUACUAAAAUACAUAAUUAUUUAUGUUUUAACAAUUAUCUUAUCAGAGAGAUUAUCGUUUAUAUGAGGAACGAUUACGUCUAACACAGGUUAUGAAUAGUGUUGGUACAUUACUGUAUCUCAACAUUCGUACACUUGUACUAUUAACCAUCUAAAACCUGUAUUGUAGUUCCCAUCUUUAUUAACAUUACCGGAUCUCAACAUUCGUACACUUGUGUUAUUAACCAUCUAAAACCUGUAUUGUAGUUUCCAUCUUUAUUAACAUUACUGUAUCUCAACAUUCGUACACUUGUGUUAUUAAUCAUCUAAAACCUGUAUUGUAGUUUCCAUCUUUAUUAACAUUACUGUAUCUCAACAUUCGUACACUUGUGUUAUUAACCAUCUAAAACCUGUAUUGUAGUUUCCAUCUUUAUUAACAUUACUGUAUCUCAACAUUCGUACACUUGUGUUAUUAACCAUCUAAAACCUAUAUUGUAGUUUCCAUCUAGUUUACACUUCUAUAUAACUAUAUUCACCUUCUGAUAUGUAUACAUACAAGUAUAUUUUCUCGUAUAUGUAUUUACUAUUUUAUAUUGCUAACAGUUAAAAUUGACUAAUUAAAUUACUUAAUGCAUCAUUACCUACAUUCAUAGCCUAACGCUAGAAUGAUAUACUUAACUUAUCCGUUUCGCUUAUGUGCAGUCUCGAAUCAGUAGUUGUUUUCAUUAAUGUAUCCUUACGUUUGUAUUUACUGUAACUAGUAGCUGCUUGCUUUCAUUAACGCAUUCCUACUUUUAUGUUCACUGUAACAAGUAGCUAUUGCUGUUAGUUUAAUCAUUUCAUUACUCUUACUGAUUCGAAACUUACUUCCAUUAAUUGAGCCGUAUACUUAUAAUAACUAUCUUAAAUCAAUAGCUGUCUACCCUAACUUAUUAAUUUUUUUUGUAUAUAGAGUAUCAGAAGAAUGCCUUUUGUUUUCUUUUCCUUUUGUCUGGCACCCAGAACUGUUAGUUUUUAAUGAUAGUUCUUUGUACUUAAAAAUUUAUGAUGUUUCCUAGGUAAUAAUAAGUACUACGGAAAAAGUAUUGAAGUUUGGUUUAAAUUAUGAUAUAUACAGACCUUCGCUUUACAUUUGCAAGACAGCAAUGUAAUACUCAAUUUUAGAGAAGUAUGAUCUUGUAAUUAGUACUAAAUAUGCUUGAUAUUAUAAAACCAUAAAGUAUGAAAUCAAUAUGCUUUGUAGGUAGUAGAAAACACGAGAAUGCUUAUAUGAAAAUUUCUCUUAAAUUACAGUUUUCGUGAAAUCUUGCGUUGCAAAGGUUUAUUUUUCAAUUAAAAUACAAUUUAAUUCAAUAAAACUUACAGUGUAGCUAAAUAUGGCAUAAAAUGGCAGGAGAUUAUAUAAUAACCCUUGCCAAAAAUUUUGAAUUAAAAGCUUGCUCGAUCACGCUGUUCUCCUCUAGAGAAAAUUGACUUAAGACAAAAAAAUGUAUUUUGAUUUUCUAAUGGAAAUAAUUACGAUACACACAAGUUACUGUGUGUUUUCUUAUUGACAAAGCUUGUUUCAGUUUUGUAAUCCAAUAAUUAUGGUUAAUUGUCAGCUGUAAGGUAUGUGGCGAAAACAAUGUCUUCAGUGUGUCUUCAAUUUAUUAAUCCAAUAGAAAAGCUAUGUUUCAAAUAAUCCGAUAAUCUCACAACGUUUCACGGAGAUGUUCGUUAGGUGGCAGGUUUAUAAAACAGCUUGUAAAUGAUAAACCGUAAUGCAUUUUGACUUGUGCGUAACUUAUUAUCGAAACAGUAUGUUCUGAAGCACUUUACAAUGUUGACAGUAAUUAAAUGUAAGUCAGAUAAUUGUUCGUGGGUUUCAAACUGGUUAAACCAAGUUAACGGUGUGCAGUAACACGCGGUAUUUUAAAAAGUAGAAGUCUGUAUUCCUGUAUAAUUAAACAUUUAUAACAGUCGUAUUUAGUUGACAGUUUGAACUAGAUUUUAAUUGAUAGCAAUUGUAGGAUAUUACAAGUAAGUUGUAGCAACGGUUUGUCAUGCUAUAUUUUGAAUAUUAUUCAGAACGGAUGGAGUGCAUUUUUAUGUGUAAAGAAUACUUACAAUGAAAAUGUAA